CUGCGACAACUACAGAGGGCAGAGAGUAUGAUACAACAUCUAAUGUCAGAUAUAAGUCCGAUUCCUGUUCGACUGUCCUUGAUGUUACCAAACAUUACCAAAUCUACUCUAAGAAGAGCAUUUGACAGAACAGAAAAGGGUAAAUACCACAAAACCAUGGAGACCACUUUGAGCACUGUCUUUGUGCUGACCACCUGUCCCAUCCAUCGAGACCCAAGAAUGUCCAUUCCAAUGUAAUAAAAGUUUUCAGACAAUGGUGGGACGGGCUGGGGAGCAAUGAUGCGGUGAUGUCUGAUGAGGUGUAUCGAUACAUGAUUGCCAGAUUCUGUGGUCCUGCAACUGUAUCUGCUUUUGAAAUAGACGAUGUAAAACUCAGUCAACUGCCAAAGACCCUGAGUGAAGCCGUCAUGUUGACUGGAGACUUGUAUGAACGACUUACAUUGAGUCCGGAUGUCGCAAACCUUCUAGAAGAACCCAGAGUUUGUUUGGCUGGACCGCCGGGUACAGGGAAGAGUAAAAUGUUGGCGAUAGUUGGAAAGAAAUGGAUCUCUGAGGGUCAUACAGUGCAUCUCAUCAACACGUGUAGUGAAAUAAGUGAUGCUACACAGCAGCUUCAAAACUUGCUGCUUCAGAAUUGUACAGGACAUUCACCAGACAUUCCUGUGAAAUCUGUUAAACGCGUGUUUUGUAACAUCAAAAACAGCAAGGAAAUAGACAAAACCAUCAGAUUACUGAUAAGUGAGGAGAAGGGAAAGAUUUACUGCGCACUAAUUGACGAACCAGAUGAAGAUAAAGAGAAAUUGAAGAAUCUUCAAGAGUUUCUCCAAAAACUUAAUGAGCGCCUUCCGGACAGUCGCGUGUGGAUGGCCAUCUGCCAUCCUGACUUCAACCCACCUGGCUGGACGGUAAAGCCCCUCAAGAUCCCCUUUACCUGUCCCUCUUCUGUCAUAAGAGAGGCAUGGAAAGAAAAACACGAGGCGCUGUUUUCCACUAAGACUCAUCUACUACCUACCGACGGCCUACCUGUGAAAAUUAUUUGUCACACAGGUCAAGGUCACAGGAAGGAACCACGUGACUGUGACGCUUGUGGAAAUGAGAUCGUGAAAUUCUUCACACGAGACCUUCGUGUUGUUACCCAGGAUACACACAGUGCCACAGAGUAUCUACAACCGCCGAGUCUCCAAACAUCAAGUAGACAGUCUCCAAUUCUUCAGUGGAAAGAUAUCUUGUUUUUGUUUGAAAAUAAAGUUACACGAGACAGUCCGAUGAUACAGCUGCUGAAAGAGUCAGGUAUCCAGGUGCAGGUUAUUAAGGAAAAGAAAAAUGUGCAGGUGACAAAAGAUAACAAAAACACUGUGUUGGCAGCAAACGUCAGUUUUCCGUUUGUUCGAAAGAGAAAGGUGGUUGUUUACGUGGAAGGCGUUAGGAAAAAUCAACUCCCUUUACUAAAUGGAACAGACUACUGAGCAUCACGAGAUGUUCUUCGCAGCUGAUAUUAGUUAGAAUACCUUGAAUUUCAAAUUGUAUUUUGCAUAAAAAAUGCUUGUUAUUUCACCUGAAAGCAGUAAGAAUCUGCAUAUUGCAUCUUUUCUUGUAAUCAUUAACUCUAAUUGUGAAAAUAUGCUGAUCUGACUUUCAUGGGUAAGCGGGUAGCCAAGUCAUUAUAUCGCUGGAGUCCGAACACAGAGGUUCAAUACCUGAUUAGCGCAGCAAACUUUUCCCAGUCGACCCAGCUAGCGGGAAUGGGUAUCUGAAUACAAAAAGGGCUAUGGAAAGUAAGACAUGUGGAGGAGAGGGGCACUGCCAUUAAAUCAAGCUGACCCAGAGUAAAGUUAGGUCUCUAACACCUCACGACUCAGCAAUCUUGAAAGGUUUAUUCUUCUUUAUCUGCAGUCAUUUACAAAAUUGGUUUUAUUUUGAACAAAAAAAAAAGUUUCUUGUCGAUCAAGUAAAGAUUUUUAUCUAAAUCCUGUCACCCUUAAAAUAAAAAAUAGAUUAUUUCAUUUUAUUAAAUAACCUUUCCUAAUGUAUACCCCUUUCUUUACAAGGAAAUAUCAAAAAGUUUGUUGUAGCUUUGUUCCUACACUCGUGUACAAAACUAUUUUAUGUUAACAAACCCCUUGCUUUUUUUUGUCUUUUUGAAACAGAAUAUUUCUUAAAGUGUAAAAUCAUGUUUCGCCAUUGUUUGUGUGGCACACCUUUGUAUCAACAAUAAUACACAAUUAAAUAUUGCAAAA